GCGCCGUUCGCAGUCGAUGACACUGGAUAUUUAAAAUGAGGAUUUACUGGUUAAUUGUCUUGUUGGCAUACGGAACUGAGGUAUUUUGUUCCACGACACUUAACAAUAACAACAAUGACAGAAGAAAAAUGACGAAGACAUCUGAACUAAAGUGUGAACUGUUGACCAUCGGCUCAACAGAAGUGUGUGCCGACUGCAGUUAUCGGAAUUUAACAGAAGUACCAGAACAUUUGCCAAACAAUAUUUCAUGUCUGAACAUGGUUGGGGAUAUUGUAAUUUCUUUGCCUGGAUCAACUUGGAAACAUUAUACUUCUCUACGAAAAUUGUCAUUGGCAAAAAACAACAUAAAGCAACUUGAAGAUCGAGAUUUUGUCGGCUUGUCAAACCUUGAAAUGCUCGAUUUAAGUUUAAAUAAAAUACACUACCAUGCGGUCCACAAACAAGCUUUUAAGCCUUUAAAGUCACUUAAGUAUCUCGACCUUAAAACAAAACAUUAAUAAGUUUGACAAGAACGAAACAUAUCCACAGUCAUUGCAAUAUUUACGAAAUUUGGAAACAUUGAUGAUUGACGGGCUGUAUGAUAAACAAUUACCAAACAUAUCACGCCUAUCAAAACUAUAUUUUUCAGGUCAAUAUGGCCGUUGUCGUAUUCCUUAUUUAACAAGCCUAAUAUUCGAAAACAACACUCAAAUACAAAGUCUCUACCUUUCAAACUGUUCAAUUAUAACAAUACAGCCGGGAAUGUUUAAAGUUUUACCGGAUAUACAGGACCUAGAUCUGUCCUGGAAUACAAAGCUUGGCUUCACUAAUAUUACCAAUGGUUUAAAAUGUAACAACACUUUAAAGCGUCUUAAAAGACUGAAUAUGAACUCUGUCUAUGACUACUACAAGUUUAACGGUUGUUCAGCUCUCGGAAAAGAGAAUAUUGCAUAUUUCAAUGAUACAGAUCUUGAAGUAUAUUCCAUAGCAGGAAAUAAUAUUGUGCAUGUAGAAGAUGAUGCUAUACCUUACUUUCCAAAAACUUUAAAAUAUCUCUCUGUACAAGAUAACAUGUUAAUGUACGGGAAAUAUGUCGACGAAAUAUUUGAAAGAGGCACAUUCAGAAAUCUUGUAUAUUUUGAUACAAGCAAAAUGUUCAUUAGUCACACUCCUAACAACUUUAUUCAUAACAACACAAACCGGAUUUUAAAGCUACUUACGGAAUACCCUCAAACAGAAGACACUGACGUAAAUUUAGAAAUGUUUACGCGUUUUCAAGUAAAGGACUAUUUUACAAUUCUAGAUGAUCGUCUGCGAAAGUUGAACAUAACCCCUUACGGUAACAACUCCCUGAAUAUAUCAGAAAGAAAAAAUAAUAUUGAAUAUCUAGAUUUGUCAGAAAACAUGCCAGGCAUCGUUCAAGUGUCUUUAAAAUUAUUUGAGCAUUCACCUGUUAUAAAAUUUCUAAAUGUAUCCAAUAACUUUCUCGGCUAUCAACUUUUAAAUGGUAUUUCCUUGUUUUAUAAAUAUAAAAGUCUAAGAGUUUUAGAUUUAAGCAGAAAUAGUAUCACACAUUUGCUUGAUGGAAUAUUUGAAAACCAAAUACAUCUCGAACAGUUAUAUCUUUCAUUCAACAAAAUAGCAAGUAUGACUUUUUUGAAAGCUUUAAAGAAUUUGCACUAUCUUGAUCUCAGCUAUAAUCAGAUAAUAUCAAUUCCCAGUGACGUAAGGUCAUCAAUGAACAACCUGAUGUAUUUUACAAUUAAAUUACCAAGUAACCCGCUUAACUGUACCUGUUAUAAUUUAGACUUUCUUCAAUGGGUCAAAAAAUUUAGGGUUAAAUUUCAGAAUAUGCAAGAAACAAAAUGCAAAAAUGAGUAUAGACUAAAUUUAACACUUGACAAAGUAAACUAUGAUCAAUUGCAUUCGGAAUGUUUGCCGCCGACAUAUUAUAUCCUUAUUUCAGUUGUCAGUCUCUGCAUUUUUGCUUUCCUUAUCAUUGUCUCUUGUGGUCUCAUCUACAGGUUUAAAUGCCAUUGGAAUUUGCGAUAUUUAUUUUAUAUGACUAAAUUCAAGUUAACGGGCGGUUACCAACCUAUUGAUGACAGGGAAUACGAUAAAGACGUUUUUGUUUCGUACGCAAAUGAGGACCGGGGAUUUGUACUUAUUUACUCGAUGUACAAAUUUUAAAGGAUAAAAUAAGUAUUUUGUCUUUAUCUCGGCGCUGUAAUUGUUGUUGUUGUUGUGACGUCAGCGAAUGGCUACGGCGACAGCUGAAAAUCUCAGAAAACCUCAGAAAAUGUCUGAUUACUCUUGUAAAGUGUAUCAGAUUUGAAUACUGUCGAAUGUGGUAGGUGUAUUUUAGUGUUAUUUCUUCACCACGCUCGCUAAAUUGCGAUCACCCUGUGUUCCGUGCGUAUUUUCAGCGGACCCUGGGUUUUUGACGUUUCAUUCCUGGUGUUUAUUUUAUAUAUAUAUAGGGAGUAUUUUUUUGUAAAGAUAGACUUUUAUGGUCUUAUUGAUAAAAUUUCAGACUCCUGUGCUUUAAUAGAAUAAUAAUCGCUCAUGUUUGGUAUUUACCAGUAUUUUCACGAACAUGAAUCAGAUCGCCAGUUUUCUAUUUUAUAUAAAUUAAAAGCAUUGAUACGCUUGAAUUUUAAAUAUUUUUGGUAUACACUAGUAUUUUAUGAUAAAUAAUCAAUUUAAAUCACAAAAACAUAAUACAUUGCUUUAAUAAAAUAAAAAUCGCUCAUGUUCGGUAUUUACCAGUCAUGUUCGUUUGCAUAAAACAGAUCGCCCGUAUUGUAUUAUAUAUAAUACCAAUCAUUGAUGUGCUUGAAUGUAGUACAUUUUUGGUAUGUACAAUCAUGUAUUUUAAUAUUUACAAUCAUUUUAAACCAAAACACAUAAUAUAUUGCUUUAAUCGAGUAAUAAUCUCUCAUGUUUGGUAUUUACCAGUCCGUUCACGUACAUGAAUCAGAUCGCCAGUCAUCUAUUUCAUAUAAAUUAAAAGCAUUAAUUUGCUUGAAUUUUAAAUAUUUUUGGUAUGCACUAGUUUUUUAGCAUAAAUAAUCAAUUUAAAUCACAAAAACAUAAUAUAUUGCUUUAAUAAAAUAAUAAUCGUUCACGUUCGGUAUUUGCCAGUCAUGUCCGCGGACAUGACUCAUGUUCGGUGUUUAGACAUACUGGAGAGCAGGUUGUAUUUGGUGAAGUGGAGCUCAAUUUUAGUAUGAGUAGUACUUCCAGGUCACAGCAGUGUGAUUUUGAUGUGAUUUUACAGUAAGAAAAUGUACGUGACAAGAGAAAUCUCUCUUAACAGAUACAUUACCCCUACUUUUCUAUUCAUUUUAUAUCGGUUUUAUCAAAACUCUUUAAAAUGAGGUAAGGAUUUGUUCUCUGAAAUGGGUCUAACUAUGUUUGGUUAUGUCAGUUUUAUAUAGAAUAUAAAAGGGAAAUACAAUUUAGGCAUACAGACACUAAAUAGAAAAAUGGCGCGAAAAAAAAACUGGCAUAAUGGCGGAUACAAAUAGUUCUCAGUUGGUUUUUUUUUUUUUUUUUGCUCUGUAGAGCUAUUUUCCUUAUUUUCUUUGCAUUUUUGUUUUGCUUAAAUCACAUGACAGAUCUAUGCUUGACAUGUAGGUAGCAUUUUCAUAAUGAUAUAUCAAAGAAACUGCCUACAAAACAUACGUCCGCCCACAAUUAGAAUACUGUAACAGCAUAUGGCAUCCAUGGCAGAAAAACUUAGCAUGUGAGAUAGAAAAGGUACAAAGAGCUGCAGCCAGAUACGUUAUGAAUGAUUACUCGUACCAAAGCAGCGUAACAUCAAUGCUUGAAAUUCUUAAAUGGCAGACAUUAGAACAGAGAAGAAUACAUGCAUCUUUAAUUAUGUUGUAUAAAAUAUCACACAACCUCGUCUCUGUAGAUCAUAACCACCUGACAGCCUCUAGAAAUUU